UUUUUUUUUUUUUGAUUUUUAAUAUUUGAUCAUUUAAUUAAUGAGAAAAACCGGUAUGCUACUAAUGUUUCCCCCUUUGCUAGCAUGCUAGUUUACCCUAAUUAAUACCCUUUAUUUGUUUUUCAAUCUUGUUAUUGAAAGAUCAUAACUUUAUUAAUCUUCUCGUAAUACAUAAUUUUAAAAAUAAUAUGGGUAAUGUUGGGAGUAAUAAUUCCUCCGGUAGGCGAAGACACGGUAGCCGGCGGGGAAAUCACAACCCCCACCACCCACAACCACCGCCACCGCCUCAACAGCCGCCGCCAGUAAUAUUCGCUGCCGCAACCCCAUACCCUUCACAAUAUCCAAACCCUAACCCACCAUAUUACCAGUACCCAGCUGGUGCAUACUACCCACCACCGGCGGCGGUGCCGUUGCCGGAUCACCACCGUAUGCCGAUGAUGAUAGACCCACGGUGGGUGGGUGGGAGGUACCCACCUGUGAUGCUUCACCCGACACCUUAUGUUGAUCAUCAAAAAGCGGUGACAAUUAGAAAUGAUGUUAAUUUGAAAAAAGAAAGUUUAAAGAUUGAAGCUGAUGAUCAAAACCCUGGAAAGUUUCUUGUUUCUUUCACUUUUGAUGCCACUGUUGCUUGCAGCAUCACCAUAUAUUUCUUUGCAAAAGAGGGAGAAGGUUGCGACCUAACCACAGUUAAAGAAGAUACGAUUCCUCCAAUCACCAUUAGCUUUCAACAAGGUUUAGGUCAGAAAUUUAGACAAACACCAGGGACCGGAAUAGACCUCUCUUCACAUGAGCAAUCUGAGUUAUUGAAAGGUAUUGAAACAGGAGUGUACCCUCUAGCAGUGAAGGCAGAAGCAACCCCAAGUUUAUCAGAAGACGGAAAACAAGUUCCCGGUGUCAGUAAUUCACAGAUAACCGAUGCAGUGUUUGAGAAAGUUAAGGGUGAAUACAAAGUUAAAGUAGUGAAACAGAUCUUAUGGGUGAAUGGAAUAAGAUACGAGUUGCAAGAAAUUUAUGGGAUUGGGAAUUCAGUUGAAGGUGGUGAUUUUGAUGCCAAUGAUCCUGGUAAAGAAUGUGUUAUCUGUUUAUCGGAACCUCGAGACACAACAGUCCUUCCUUGCCGUCACAUGUGCAUGUGCAACGGCUGUGCUAAAGUUCUGAGGUUUCAAACAAACCGGUGCCCCUUAUGCAGGCAGCCGGUUGAAAGGCUUCUGGAAAUUAAGGUCAACAAUGGUGCCGAAGAUUGAGGUUCAGAUGUCAAAAAUCUUACCAUGGCUUUUGCUCCCCUAAAGAAGCACCAAAUUGAAAGGAAGAGAACGAAAAGGAAGCAAAUCGCGGCACCCGCAUGAAGUAGUAAGUCUGGAAUAAUGUAGGUAUGCUGAUUGUCCAAAAUCAAUGGUUGUGAGUUGAUAAGAAUGAGGAGUUAUGCACAUUUAUUAUGAUUUGGUUUGGUGCUUAAUGGCACAAUGGUUUUAGAGUGCUGGGUUUGAAAUAUACAAACAUACAACGCUGUAUAAGUUUACCUUUUGUCCGAUUUAUCUGGUUAAUGAAAGUGUAGAUAUGUUCUCUCA